GAACCUCUUUGAGCCUGUUCUCCCGUGUGGGCUGGGACUAGGAGAGACCCUCCCAGGAGGAUUUGAGAAUUGAGAAUGAGAUGGUAUUGAAAGCCCUACUCUGGGCUCAGGAGGUGGCACCUAGCCCCCUGCCUUCGAGCGUCCCCUUUGCAGCACCAGCUCAGGUGACAUUGCCCAGUGGCAUCUGUCCCACUCUCCAUAAUUGUCUUAUCACCUGUGCACCUCUUCUGUGCUGCUUUAAGUUGUAGGUCAGUCAUGGUCGAACUUGGGGAUCAGAAGGUUCCGGAAAGAACUCCAGUCUCCUCCUCCAUCCCCUACUCCCAUCCCACCUGUGAGGUCUCCCUGAGGAGGGCAGUCAACCUUGGAUUUAAAGACCCUCAGGAAUUGAUGGCUGAGGACUUCCCAAAAUGGCCCAUCCUCCUCUAGAGACUUUUCUUAGAGCUGCACCCACUGUCUUGGUCCACCAGUCCGUGGCCAUAGCCAGCACGUGAAAUGUGGUUAUCCAAAUUCAGAGGAGCUGUAAGUGUAACGUGCAUUCCAGAUUUCAAAGGCUUAACAUGAAAAAAGUCCAUAUUCAUUCAUUUGUUUAUACUGAUUACACCUUGAAUGUUUGUGUUUUUGAUGAGUUAAGCCAAAUACAUUAAAAUUUCACCUGUUUUUUUUUUUUCUUUUAACCAUGACUGGAAAAUUUUUAGUGGCACACAUGGCUCUGAUCUUACUUGUUUUGAGCAGCACUGGGUUAGUCCUUGUGUGUGCUGAGCUAAAGUCUACCUGCUGUUAUAGGGAUCUGCUUUUUUCUCCAGGAUUUGGUUCAAAGUCAAGGCAUUAGUGACAAGAGCUUAUUGUCAGAUUUCCCUUGGCUGUUCCUUGAAUCACCCAAUAAGGUGCAGUGUAGAUGGUGGUUUUUUUAAUAACUGGGUCCAGGAACGUGUGUGCACGUAAGUGCCUAAUGUUUACAGUGGUAGUCAGGAUACAAGAACAUGCUGGUUGGGCAGAAUGCCUGUGCUGUUUCAGCCAUGCCUCGCCUCUCCCCCUCGUGGGCCUAGAGUAACUCACAUAAAGAUUUGUGGGCUAGCUGCCCACAACUCCUGUUAUCGCUGCGGCUCGCCAGCGCCCAGAAGCUGCCCCUUCUCGGGGCUCAUGAUGGGCAGCAAGAUGGCGUCUGCCAGCAGGGUCGUUCAGGUAGUCAAGCCACAUACCUCACUAAUAAGGUUCCCUGACAGAAGAGAGAAUCCUGAACCCAAUGUAUCAGAAGUUUUGAGAUCAACAGGACUGCCAUCUCCCUCUUCUUCGAUUCCACAGCAUUCUAAGGGAAGUAAAUCACCAUGCUGGCCGAUGCGGCAGGGUCCACCAGACACGGCAGAAGUAAUAAAAACGUUACCCCAGAAAUACAGAAGGAAACUUGUGUCUCAAGAAGAAAUUGAAUUUAUCCAACAUGGAGCUCCAGAAUAAUCACUGACAGUGUGGCUGCUGUUUGUCAUCAGACAAAAGAAUAGUCUUUACAAUAAAGGACUUCCAAAAUGACAAAUGAGAAGUCAUAUAUUAAACAAUUUUAAUACGUAUUCUGUAAAAAAAAAUGAAAUAGAGAAAAUUUAGAUGGACACUUGUAGCUCCUAAUUUAUGUAUCUUGGUCAGCUUUUCCACAAGCUUACCUAAUUGUUUAUGUACUUUAUCUUUAUUAAAGUAUACAUUUUAAAAUGUUAAAAAAAAAAAA